AUGUCCACGAUCACACAACAAACGGAGAUUGACGGGGAUGGGAAGACCCGAAAGAAAGUAGGAUUAUGGGCCACCAUUCGGGUGAUUCGAGCGGGUCAAGAUCUGGGCACCUUGCACGAUAUCAGACUCGCACUCCAGUUCUGCAUGAAUGAGUGCGACUUCCAGCGUCAAUUAACGUUCAGUCGAACACGUCAACAACGACUCCCGAAAAAUGCGGCAAAGGGAGGAUUCUACGUGUCGAAGUCCAGUUGCCUCUAUCUUAAGUUUCCCGUUCGAGAAGACCAGGACCGCGAGGCGCAGCUAGAUGAGAUGAACAGAGACAUGCUCAUCAAUCUUGGAGACACCUUGAAUGAGGAGUUAGCUUCCUUGGCAGAAUCUGGGUUCAGAAUCAUGAUGGUCGAUUCUCGUGUCAUGAUAACCAAUGGCUUACCAAUCCCGGACAAGCGAUCUGUCAGGAGCGUGCUUCGAAUGGGUCCCAAGGCAUUCCCAUCAGCAUACACAGAAGAAGUAGCAGGAGCCUACGGGUGGAGCAGGGGAUAUGCUCACAUGGGUCUCAAAAGCUUAUGGACCGAAGAUGGGUAUGGAGAAAUCGAAGAUACUAUGUUUAGGACUUUCGACCGACAAGUUGGAAAUGCAGCAAAACAGGUUCCUGUGUCGGAAGAGGUCUAUUGGACUCCCGAGGAGAAAACCAAAGUCGACACCUUUCAUGAAACGAAAGUUCAAGGGAAGAUUCGACACUGGCCGCUCCCAAUCACCAUGUCCGAAAACCAAGAUGGUAUUGUCAGAACUCAAUACGCGAAGUCCGGCGGUGACUGGGUGGUAGAUCGAGAUAUGCAUGCGGAUGGCAUUGAGGAGCAGCGGGUUACGGAGCAGCAAUUCGUGGAUGCUAUGAAAAGAGGCAGGACAAAACCGGAAGAGCUUAGAGAAGAUACCAGGGCCGUGGCUGAAGAUACAGAAUCAGAAUGGAGACCCGAGUCUACACUGUUUGGAUACGAGACAGCAGGCCGUGCUGGUCCAUCUAGAGGGGGUAGAAACUCAAAUAUCAGAGAUCACGAGAUUGGAUAG